AGAGAGAGAGAGAAAGAAGAGCAAAGUAAGAAAGUAGCAAAAAAUGGCACAGGCAGCCACAGCAAGUGGCCUUAACACCGCCGCAAACUGUGGCCCUUGUUCAGUAAAUGGUGGUGGUGGAUUACGACCAACCUUGAAAUUGAAGCCGAUGGCGCUGGGUCCCAAGUCAUGGUUCUUCUCAGGCUCACUGAACCUCUUGCAUCAUCCCAACCAGAAACACCUUACAUCAGCAGCACCAAGGAUUUCCAUGCGGGUGGCCUCCAAGCAAGCUUAUAUCUGCCGAGAUUGCGGGUAUAUAUAUAACGAUAGAACACCCUUUGACAAGUUGCCUGAUAACUACUUCUGCCCCGUUUGUGGAGCUCCAAAGAGAAGAUUUAAGCCUUAUGCACCAUCCGUCACAAGAGAUGCAAAUGAUACAUCGGUUAGAAAGGCAAGAAAGGCCGAGCUCCAGAGGGAUGAAGCGGUUGGGAAGGCACUUCCUAUUGCAAUUUUGGUGGGAAUUGCAGCGCUUGUUGGAUUGUAUUUCUACCUCAACACCCAGUACUAGGUUGCACUCCCCGUUACCUCUGAAAUGUGGAGUUUAAGUGGUACUCUUGUCUUCUUUUCUUUCUUUCUUUUUGUACCCUGUGUUUCAUUCAUAGAGGAGAACAUUAUUGGUCAUGUUUAUAAACCCUGCCUAAUCAAGGUGGAAGAGUUGAUUUCACUCUCUCAAUUCACGUUUUUAAAAAGAAUAAUCUAUAUUUACAUUUUCAACAUGGUUGAGUUUU